ACCUAAAAUCCCCGCUUCAUUCCACCUUCAUCUCUCAGUGCUUGGAUUCCCAUGGCGGUUGGUAAAAUUUUAAAAGAUGAAGCUUCCGAAGAAAAGGGCGAGCGAGCUCGAAUGGCAUCCUUUGUGGGGGCAAUGGCAAUUGCUGAUUUGGUGAAGACAACCUUAGGGCCAAAAGGAAUGGACAAGAUUUUACAAUCAACUGGCAGGGGUCACAGUGUUACAGUUACAAAUGAUGGUGCAACCAUCCUAAAGUCCCUCCAUAUAGAUAACCCAGCUGCUAAAGUUCUUGUUGACAUUUCAAAAGUCCAAGACGAUGAGGUUGGUGAUGGGACAACUUCAGUAGUUGUUUUGGCUGGGGAACUUUUGAGCGAGGCAGAAAAGCUCAUAAAUUCAAAGAUUCAUCCUAUGAUAAUUAUUUCAGGUUUUCGGAUGGCAGCUGAAUGUGCACGCAAUGCAUUGUUAGAGAAAGUUGUAGAUAACAGACAGGAUGCAGAGAAAUUCAGAUCAGACUUGAUGAGAAUUGCAAUGACUACUUUGAGUUCCAAGAUUUUGUCUCAAGAUAAGGACCAUUUUGCAAAGCUUGCCGUCGAUGCUGUUAUGAGGUUGAAGGGCAGCACCAACCUCGAAUCAAUCCAGAUUAUUAAAAAGCCUGGAGGUUCACUUACGGAUUCAUUCUUAGAUGAGGGGUUUAUUCUGGACAAGAAAAUCGGUCUUGGCCAACCUAAAAGAAUUGAAAAUGCAAAAAUCCUGGUGGCUAAUACUGCAAUGGAUACAGAUAAAGCAAAGAUUUAUGGUGCACGUGUUCGUGUGGAUUCCAUGGCAAAAGUUGCUGAGCUAGAAGCUGCUGAAAAGGAAAAAAUGAAGGGGAAGGUGCAAAAGAUUAUCAGCCAUGGAAUAAACUGUUUUGUUAACAGACAGCUGAUCUAUAACUUCCCAGAGGAACUUUUUGCUGAUGCUGGGAUUCUUGCUAUAGAACAUGCUGAUUUUGAUGGCAUUGAGCGCCUGGCUUUAGUCACAGGUGGUGAGAUUGCAUCCACCUUUGAUAAUCCAGAGUCAGUUAAGCUGGGACACUGUAAACUUAUCGAGGAAAUCAUGAUUGGUGAAGACAAGUUGAUCCACUUUUCUGGGGUCGGCAUGGGUCAGGCAUGUACAAUUGUUCUGAGGGGUGCAAGCCCUCAUGUACUGGAUGAAGCUGAAAGAUCGCUGCAUGAUGCUUUGUGUGUGCUGUCUCAGACGGUGAAUGACAGCAGGGUACUACAUGGCGGUGGGUGGCCUGAAAUGGUGAUGGCAAAGGCAGUUGAUGAGCUGGCUAAGAAGACUCCCGGAAAAAGAUCUCAUGCAAUUGAAGCUUUCUCCCGUGCGCUUUUGGCCAUUCCAACAAUUAUUGCGGACAAUGCUGGUUUGGACAGUGCCGAACUUAUUGCUCAACUCCGUGCUGAACACCACACAGAUGGAUGUAGUGCAGGGAUUGAUGUCAUCUCCGGAUGUGUUGGAGACAUGGCAGAGCUGGGGAUAUCUGAAGCAUUCAAAGUAAAACAUGCAGUGCUGCUCUCUGCAACCGAGGCUGCUGAAAUGAUUCUACGAGUAGAUCAAAUAAUCACCUGUGCACCGCGGAGUAGGGGAGAUAGAAUGUGAAAUCAACCAGAGUUUCCCACGUUGCUGAUCUUGUCAUUUUUUAAGUUGAGAACGCUUUUCCAAAUCUGUUAGGGGUGUUUGGUUCAAGUUAUAUAAGAUAAAUAAAGUUAUAUUUGCUUGGGAAUAUAAGAUUCUCAUUUUUUGUUCAGGUUAUAUAAUUUUUU